AUGACAAGAAAAGCGAAUAGUGAGGGAGAUCAACAAGGAAGACAAGACGAACAGCAAGAAAAGCAAAUGAAGACAAGACGAAUAAGGAAAGCGAAUGGUGAAAAAGGAAGGCGAAUAGUGAAAAAGGAAGACGAAUGCAAAUGGCAAGGAAAAAAGGAAAACGGCAAAAGAAUGGUGAAGGAGGCCAACAAGAAAAAAAGAAGCAAGAAAACAAGACGAACGGCAAGAAAAGCAAAUGAAGAAGCAAGGAAGACAAAACAAACGGCAAGGAAGGUGAAUGGUAAGAGAAUAAUGAGGAAGCGAACAAAGAAAAAAGAAAACAAAUGGCAAGGAAGGCAAAUGAUAAGAAAAAGAAGCGAACAAAGAAAUAAGAAAGCGGACGAACAAUGGGAGAAGCAAAUGACAAGGAAGAAAGGAAAACGGCAAGAGAAUGGUGAGGGAGGCCAACAAGAAAAGAAGCAAGGAAGACAAGACGAAUGGCAAGGAAAGCGAAUG